AAAUCCCAAUAAGAGCAGACGGUGACCGAGCAGAGGGGUUUACGUGUGCAUACGCUGAAGUACUGGAAGCAAUGCAACAAAUGGCUUCUACACUUUACAGCUUUCAUACUAUCACCUGAUUGUGUCUACAGGAGAUACUACUUGCUGAUAAAAGCCUCAUUCUUUAAAUUAGAAGAGCAACAACGCUGAGUUUUGUCCUGGACUUUGGAAGAGUCAAGACAUCAGUGUAUAAUCCUGUGUGCGGUCACAGAGCCUAGGAAACCCCAUCUGCUACACCACACAAACGACAUCGGCACGAAACAGCUCUUGAAAUGGAUUCCCUAAUUUCACUGGGUGCUCCUCUGAAGCAGUUCACCAGCUGUGUUUCACAGAAGAAACCCCCCACCAAGAGAGCAGCCAAGGGCAGCCAGUCUGUCCGCAGGAGCAGCUUCACCCGCAGGAAGAGUGUCAGUAGGAGGAGAAGUCUUCCCUGCAACAGCCAGAAAGUCCCGGACUCCUGGCUCAGAAUAUACCAGGCUGAACUAAAGAAAGAAAGGAAACGACAGCAAGACAUACUGGCCAAGAAGAACGCAGAAAGGACGGUCAGAGGGACUUACUUCAGGAGCCACCACUGCCUCCCAAGGCAGCCCCCGACUGCCAAAAAACCAGCCCCAGUGAAGGACGAUUCCUUCUUCGGAGCUUUCCAAGGCCUCAGUCUGGACGGACUGCUGGGAGGCAGCAACGGAUCUUCUCCUGUCAGUGGAGAUCAGUGUAAAGUCAUGUGAGACCUAAUAUUAAAGGACAACCAAACCGUUUAAA